AUAUAUAAUUAAUGAUUGAUGGAAUGGUUUUAUUUUAUUUUUCUCCUUUGUUGAUUGGUUCAGAUUAUUACUCUUAUAAUUCUAUUGAGUAUUUGUAGAUUGAUGAAUUGGGUAGGAGUGGUGAGUCUUCAGUAGUAGUGGCUUUAGGUUUUAGACUUUUCGUACAGUAUGUGUCUUACUUAUGAAGAAUUUUCACCACAGAAAGUCAACUGUGAAUUUUGGGGAGAAGAGGGAUUUGGGUUUGGCAAGGGCAAUUGGUGAAUUCCAUCCUACAUUUUCCCAAAAUGAAAAAAGUUAUUAUUCUACAUAUGGACAUGUUGAGAAGCUAGCUAGAGAGAUAGAAAAAGGGGCUGCUUCGGUGGAGGGAGUAGAAGCAAAACUGUGGCAGGUACCUGAAACCUUGCCUGAAGAGGUCCUUGCAAAGUUGGGAGCACCUCCAAAGAGUGAUGCUCCAAUUAUUACUCCCAAUGAGCUUCCUGAGGCUGAUGGUUUUUUGUUUGGUUUUCCCACGAGAUUUGGUUCUAUGGCUGCUCAAUUUAAAGCAUUUUUCGAUGCAACUGGAGGCCUAUGGCGUACACAGUCACUAGCAGGAAAGCCUGCAGGCUUCUUCUAUAGCACAAGUUCUCAAGGAGGUGGUCAAGAAACUACCCCGUUGACAUCUAUUACUCAGCUUGUUCACCAUGGAUUGAUCUUUGUCCCCAUUGGCUACACAUUUGGUGGUGGCAUGUUUGAGAUGGAAAAGGUGAAAGGUGGCUCCCCAUAUGGUGCAGGAACUUAUGCUGGAGAUGGCUCAAGGCAGCCUAGUGAGUUAGAAUUGGCUCAAGCUUUUCAUCAGGGUAAAUACUUUGCCGGCAUUGCAAAAAAGCUCAAGGGAUCUCAAUGAUUUUUAUCCUCCAUAUAUCUCCCACACCAUACUCUUUGUCCAGUUACCAUAUUUUCAAACAAAAUGAGAUGUCAGACGCAAAAAUAAAAUAUAUAAGUGUGAGAGAAUAGAGUAAUACUUCAUCUACAAUACAAUUGUUGUCAGCACUUGUCAUCGGGGUAUUCUGUAACGCAGUUUUUACUGCCAAUAACAAGAAUUUGGUUAUUAAUACUGGAAACUAGGUGCUAAUAAAUUGAUCACUAUCAGCCAUCUAAAUAUUGUGUGCUUAUUGGUAAAUUGAUUAUUUAGAUAAUUUGGCAAUAAAUUCUCGUUCCAGUCAUAUUUCAAUGAAUAAAGUUGGAGGGAAUAGUUUAUUAGAAUGUAAGAAGUUAUACAUUCUUCUUUGUUGUUCA